AUUUAUCCGUUGAGAGAAGGCGGCGACCGUUAGCUUGACGUUAAAAAUUGACGGGGGCUGUGGUCGAACUGAACCGGUUCGAAAUUCCGGUUUGACCGAUUUUGAUGAAAGGGUUUAAUUGUUGGAAGAGUCCUCUCCGCUCCACCUUUGCUGGGCGCCGACCCUCUGUGGUUUCCUCGCGUCGUCGUAGCCGUCUUCGCCGGGCGCCACAUCGCCGGUGGCUUCCUCCGGUGUCGGGGAGGAUACAGAGUCCGGCAAGAAGAUCUGACUGCGGACGGGAAGCGAGUUUCACUUCCUUCUCCCUUGUGCGGGCCAUUGAUUGAGAUAUUUGGCAGCGUAGCGUCUUCUUUCUCGACACCAACCUGGAAAAUAGCUUUGUGUCUUGCCAUUUCCUUGGGCACCUAAGGUGAGCUCACAAAAGCAGGGACAAUGGCGAAGAGUAAAGCAGUAGCCCUCACCUUCGCCGAGAGAUGCAAGAACAUUGUGGCAGUGAACUGGCAAGCACACUUGAACACCAUCAAAGCCGAUGCCAAAGGAAGCAAGCAGGAGAUUUACACAUCUAAGGUUCACUAUAUAUCGAAACGGGGAAAACCAUAUAUUUGGGUGCAAGAAAGUGAUUUGCAUAACAUGAAUGCUAUUAUUGAUGAACGUGCUUCUCUCUCUGUGAGCAGCAUCAUUCCGGGUCCACUUACACAGUUGCUUAAAUCCCUAAAGAAGUUCCCAGCUCGAGUUGCUUUGACUGGUGAUAUCAAACUUAUUGAAGACGAUAAGGCCCAAGUUGUUGUGGAAAGUCUUGCAAAAUCGGUUGUAUCCGAACAUGAAACAGUCGACCAAUCUAGUUAUUCAGUUUCUUCCUUACUGAGUGCUGCCGGUACCAGUUGCGGAUCAAGAAGUGAGCACCUACAGUGGUUAUUGAAGGAAAAUAGCAACUACAAUAUUUAUAAAUUCAAUAUAAGAUCAUGUAGCUAUCUUGAUGGUAAUGGGGGAGCUCAUGAUGUGGAACUGAAUGAGGUUGAAGUACCUAAAGUAGAUCGCUUAUUGCCAUUUUCUGAGAAGAUAAUUGAUGGAAUCAACCAAAGCCAAGCAAGGCGCAGAGCUUUGAUGCUAUUCUGUUUGGAGUACUAUAAUACAAUGGCAAGGGACGCUUUCAUUCUCUCGAUCGACCACAAAGGAUUCGACAUCCUCGCAAAAGUAACCGAGGGCGUGACUAGCAGCAGCGUAAACUAUCGAUGGAAGGAGUUCAGGUUCACUUUCAAAGAGGAGGCACAGGACAUGGAAGCCUUCUGCAACAUGCUGGUUGAGUUGGAGGAGGAAGCUCUUCGAAGAGUCAAAACUUACAGCGGCUUAGGUUGAAAGUGUACUCAGAUCGCCAAGCUAUUGAUCAUAAUUCAGCCAGAUUAUCACAUUUCGACACUUCCUAGAUACUGGGAGGUGAAGACAAAGAUUUCAUUGUUAAGUUUAGAUCCUAACGAACUGUAGUGGAAUGGAAUGGAACCCUUUAGACAA